AUGGAGGGCUCGCAUAGUGGCCUGACGACUGGGGAGCUGCCCGGAGGUCAGGGACAUCCGUCUCAUCCUGAGUCUCCUCAGGGAGACUCCCAGCCCAAGUCCCCGUCCCCGCGGCGGCCCCGGCAGCAACAGGCUCCGCCCCCUCAGAAGCCCCAUGUCGCCCCCCGCCCGACAAAACAGCCACGGAGAACGCAUCCUCAGCGCAAGCGUCUCAAACACCAGCAGCGGAGUGUCGAGUCGGACGCCAUGACGGAAGGUAGCCAUGCCGAAGAGGCGACGACGACGACGACGACAAAGACAACGACAACAACAGCAGCAACAGCGGUAGCGGCAGCAGAAACGACAACAGCAACUAAAAUAACAUCAAAGGUGACCAGGGUUCCCGGUCCGUCAUCUGGAGUCCCGGUGUGCUCUGCCACCGGUUCCGUCCCGGCGGACCAGGAGACACCGGAGGGUGCGCCAAAACUCAAACGGGAGCGCAAGCCUCCGAGGCCCGGCAAGUACGUCUGCAGCUACUGCGGACGGGCGUGCGCCAAGCCCAGCGUCCUGCAGAAGCACAUCCGCUCCCACACCGGGGAGCGGCCGUACCCCUGUGCCCCCUGCGGCUUCUCCUUCAAGACCAAGAGCAACCUGUACAAGCACCGCAAGUCCCACACACACCGGGUAAAGGCCGGCCUGGCCUUCCCCGAGCCACGGUCUCUGGAGGAGCAGGGGACGGAGUCGGAGGAAGAGGCCAAGCAGUGUCCCUCAUCCGCCGCCGGUAUGGAACGCCAGAGCAGCACAGCCUCCACCAAGGGCCACGAAAGCGACGGGACUAAAGAUUUGUCCGGAGGGAUGGACGACUCUUUUGCGGUGAAGAAGAGACUGGCCAUGCGUCUCAGCAGGGGGAAACGCGGCCCCCUGGACUCGUCUGAGGACCGGUUGUCGUCCUCCCUCUUGGGGAGCAGAGGCAGUACAGAGUCGGGCUACUUCUCCCGCUCUGAGAGCACGGAGCAGACCCAGGACAGCCCCCCAAACACAAGUGCCAAAAGCUACGCCGAAAUCAUCCUGGGUAAAUACGGACGUCUGGGACACCUGCAGAGGAUGUCUCGUCAGCAAAACCAGCAGCUGUCAGGCGAAGAGGAGAAAAACAUCCCGUUUACAGUGCCCAAGAAGCAGGUCAUUGACCACAUCACCAAGCUCAUUACCAUCAACGAAGCUGUGGUGGACACUAGUAAGAUUGACAGUGUGAAACCCAGGAGAUUCUCCCUCUCCAGAAAGGCUAGCUCAGAGUCCCAAAAAAGUGUAAAUAUUAAAGAGCCUAUCAUGGAUCUCCCUAAGAGUGAGGAACCUAGCUAUAAAAAUAGUGGCUCCAUUACUAUGGGUGUUCCAUGUGAAAGAUUUCAGCAUCAGUCUCAAAAAGUAGACCCACUGGCUCCUCAUACAACACCAGCUCCUCUGUUACGGAGUCAGUCCAUGCCAUUCACCACAAGUUCUUUAGAUGCCUCAGGCAAAAGCCCCCCAAGGUUUCGCCAAAGUCAAUCCUUUGAACAACGGACGCCUUCUCAACUCCAAACGUCCCGUCGCUUUGGGAUGCUACGACGGCAGCCGGCUAUUGAAAUACCACUUGGUGCUGAACUUCCAAAAGAAGACCAUUGCAGUUUUCACACAUUUCACCCAGAAAACUUGAAAACCACGGUGCCUGACCACACGCCGCCGCGACUGCAACCCUACAAGUCUGAGGCAUGUGGCACUGAGUGCAAAACCUGGGAAGGUUACAAACCCCACAAGCAAGGUGUUGGUUCAGCACAAAACUAUGGAAACGUCAGCGUGUCGUUCGCUAACCAAAAGGACCACCCCAAGGUCAUCAUCCAUUCGGUUCGACCGGGUGCGCAGGCCAUGCGUAAAAGGCGCAAAGAAGAAAGCCUGGAAUCCGACGACCCUUCCUCCCCGGUCACGUGUCCCUCCCCCUCCCAUGCGAUCUCAGCACCUCCUCAAUGCAGAGAGGAAAGCGCCGGAGCUCACGAAGACACCCGGAGACCCAAACCGCACACCCUCUCGGUGAUCCAACACACGAGUUCCUUUGAAAAACAGGACACGUCGUGCGCCGAGAACACACGCAAAGAACCGCCAAACACGUCCCCGACACGUCAGGACCAUCUCACAGCGCUUCAGAAGCCCCCCCACCCGCCCGACCCGACGCCCCGAAACCUAGUCCACCCACAAAACGUCCGGGUUCCUGAAAUACUGGUGACGGAGGAUUCGAACAUGGACACCCAGACGUCUUUCAGGACCACGCCUGCGUCGAAGCAGCCCAAGAAACAGGAGGAGUUCCAGUGGCCUCAGAGAAGCCCCACCCUGGCCCAGCUCCCCAUCGAGAAGCUCCCGCCCAAGAAGAAGCGCUUACGCCUGGCGGAACUCGCCCAGUCCUCGGGGGAGUCCAGCUUCGACUCCGGCUCUCUCCCGCCACGUAGCCCCAGCCAGGACAGCAGCGCGUCCUACGCGUCCAGCCGCUCGGCGUCCUUCGAGGAGUCGGGCCGGCUCGACCUGGAGGUGAGCUCCUCUGCCACGCCACUGAGGAGGUCCAGGGCCUCCCACACGCUGACCGUCCCCGGGGUGCACCCGCACCGGGAGAUGAGGCGGUCGGCCUCGGAGCAGGCCCCCCACGACGCCCAACAGGGCGCCCUGAUGUACGAGAACCGCAGCAAGUCCUUCGACUACAGCUGCCUCUCCCCCGAGCGCUCGGCCGUGGGCUGGAGAGAGAGGAGGAAGUGCCUCCUCCUCAAACACAGCGCCGUCAGAGAUCCGGAGGAGGAGGUGGAGGAGAAGGGCGCCGGCGGUGAUGUGACAACGCCGUCCGCCCGUCUGCUCUCAGCGCACGUCAGUGGCACCGCAUCGUCAUCCGACGGGAACUCGAGGGCUGCGGAUCGCGGCGCCUUAGAGGUCGCGUCUCCUUUAUCAGACGACAGUGUGUCGGGUACACCGGCCCGAGAGCUCUUCUCUCAGUGGAAACUCAGCCAGAAUAUUCAGCUGACAGGCAGGAGUGAUCGCACUCCGUUUGACGGCCCCGCCGGUGAGGGGAGCUCCUCCGUCCAGACGGGACAUCCCCCGGGCCUCCCCCCUCGAUGCAUCCAGCACUACCCGGGAACACAGGGUCUCUCCGGGGCAGCGCGGGCUCACUACCUCCCCAUGUCCACGGGGCUGAAGCUCGAGAUCCCCUCGCACACCAACAGGGAGUACUACAGGGUCCAAGCAAGCCCCCUUCCGACUCCCAUCCCUUCUCCCCCAAACAUAACCAUAAACCCCGAAUUGUUAAGACCCCUCCAAUCCCCGUCGGUGGCGGUGCGUCUUCAAGCGGACACCUUCCUCCCGGCGUGCGCCAUCUACACCACCCAGUCUCAAUCCGUCCCCCCGGGGUCCCCCCUCCGGCCCACCAGCAUCGUCCCGUACAUCGCCAGCGCCUCGACCUCGACGCCCCGUGGCCGCGGCAGCGCGGGUCCGGAGGCUUCGGAUUGGUCCGAGGACCUGCUGAGGCCGCCGGGCACGGGCGGCAGCAAGCGGAUGCUGUCGCCUUCGAACAGCAUCGAGUUCAGCCCCGAGUCCCAGCAGCAGCAGAAACGGGUGAAGGAGGAGCAGCAGGAGGAGGAGGAGGAGGAGGAGGAGGAGAGGGGCGUCAGGGACAAGGCGUCGCGUCCCGGGGCGCGUUCAACCGCCAGACCGAUCGGCGCGUCCUGCCUGAGUCUGGAGUCCGGCACCAGCAACAGCUGGUGCUACCUCAACUACAUGAAGCCCAACCCGUUUGCGCUGGACGAGAGCAGGCCCUCUGUGUACUCCACCUGGUCCACCGGCAGCUACAACCCCAACCCCCCCGGGAUGUCCAGCGGGACGGCUCUGUCGCUGCUGCAGUGCAAGCAGAGCCUGGGCCCCACCAUCUACACCACCUGCCCAAUGGGCCUCAGCAGCGUGGAGCCCAUCCGGGCGGAGGAUCACCAGAGGCCCGUCGCCACGGAGGUCAGCAGCAGCUCGUCAUGCGACAGAGAGCGCGCCAGCAGCACCAGGGAGGAGGCCUUGUCAGCAGAAGACAGACGCUCAGAUAAAGGAGACGAAGAGGAGCGGGAGGAGGAAGAGGAGGGACCAAACCAGGCCGCUAAAUAUAGACACCCACCCCAGCCAUGGACCUGUGGAGAAGGAUCCAGGCAGCAGUCUGGCCCAGUGUACGAUCGCGGUGGACAGGGAAACCUGACGCAACACACGAAGGUUCCCGGGAAGACGCAUUACAACGAGGCCCCACCCCCACACCACACGGAUGAAGGCGUCUUUGACGGCGCGUCCUUUGCCCACGUCGAUGAGGAGCCCCCGGCAGAGUUCCCCCCGGCCCCCCCACAGGAGCGGAGCGGCACGUCCGACAUCAACAACAACAACGAGGAGGACGACCCCCACGAGGACGCAGGGGUCAAAGGCCGCCGCAGGGCUCCGCCGGCCUCUCCCACCAAUCAGAACGCGGGAGAGCCCGGAGGCGGGGCCGGCGGGUCGCCCCCACGGACCCCCUCGGCCGGCUCCAGGCGGGCCCUGUUCGCCCGUCGGCAGCUCUCCCUGAGGACCCCCCCGCCGCCCGAGACCCCCCCGCCGCCCGAGACCCCCCCGCCGCGGACCUCCAGCCCGGGCCCUGACUCGCACCCGGUCACCGCCCGGUCUCCCCCGUCCCCAUUCCCCGCCCCCCGUCCCGGCCCCGCCCCCGCCGCCUCCCCCAGCUCCUCCCCCGGCCUUCAGAUCCACCCGUCCCCGGUCGGGGGGGCUUUGCCCUGCGGCGUUCAGAGCCUGAGUUCUGCUCCCAAGGCGGGUAGCUCGGCUCCGACCCCCCCCCCACCGAGACUGGGAGCCGCCGCGGGGAUUGGAACCAACACACAGGAGGCGACGCGGGCUCCGCUCCAGAACCCCGUCCUCCCACUGACCGCUCCCCCCCGUCCCCUGCCCCCCCAGGCCGCCCGGACCCUCCGCCCGGACCCGCUGCCCCCCCCUCCGCGCUCGCCCCCGGGGCUCCUGAGCCACCUGCCCCUCCACUCCCAGCAGCCGGCCGCCGGGACCCCCCCCGGCCGGACCAUCGCCAUCGGGGGGAUCCACAUGAUCCAGCCUAGACGGGCCCCCCCGUACCGCCCCGCGUGCGGCCCCGGCGCCGGGGGCCCGUCCCCGCUGAGAGGGCGGCUGGAGCAGGAGGAGGAGGAGGAGCAAGAAGAGGAGGCGGGCCCGAGCCCCUCGCGCGGCGACGGGCGAGGGGCGUGCGAGGGGGGCCGGGGCCAGGGAGGAAGGAAACCGCCGGGGCCGUGGCGCGACUCCGAGGCGGGCCCCUUGACCCGCGAGGGGGUGAGACACGUGGCGAAGAGGCGUGUCCCCCCAGAGACCGAGCAGGAAGAGCAGCCGACGCCCGCUGGCGAGACACCGCUCUGA